AUGAAAUACUUAGCUGCUUACUUAUUAUUAAUCCAAGGUGGUAACACUACUCCAUCAGCUGCUGAUAUUAAAGAAGUUUUAGAAACUGUUGGUUCAGAAGUUGAAGAAUCAAGAAUUUCAACUUUAUUAACUUCAUUAGAAGGUAAAACCAUUGAUGAAGUUAUUGCUGAAGGUUCAAGCAAAUUAGCUUCAGUUCCAACUGGUGGUGCUGGUGCUGCUCCAGCUGCUUCCGCUGCUGCUGGUGGUGCUGAAGAAGCUGCUGAAGAAGAAAAAGCUGAAGAAGCUAAAGAAGAAUCCGAUGAUGAUAUGGGUUUCGGUUUGUUUGAUUAA